AUGGAUCGACUUAUCCGCGAACGUAAAUCAUUAGAACCCCGCCUGAAGCGCAUUUCGGAAAUAGUGGAAAAAAUCCGACCAGAAGCGGUCGACGAAAUUGACUUGCAAACUGAGUUAGAUGCUCUGAGUGAAGUGUGGAUGGCCUUUUGCGGCGUACAUAAGAAAAUUUUGGACCUGUGCGAAGAGGAUAGUGCUUACGACGAAGCCAUGAGCCGUCAAGGAAAGUUUGAAAGUUGCUACCUCGGUCUGAAAACCCGAUUAUUAAAGUUGUUGAAAAUAGUUAAAAAUCGCGACCAGGCUACUCCCCCUGUGCCCUCGCAGCAAGAUGUCAUCAAGCAAUUAGCAGAUCAGCAAGCCGAAUUUCUUCGCAUCAUGUCCGCUAACAUGGUUUCGCCUGCAAUACAUGCGGCCGUCAUGCCUCCCGAUGCAUCUCGACUCCCGGACCUGAAGUUGCCCCAGGUGAAUAUCCCUAAAUUUAGUGGAGACUAUCUCGAGUGGCAGUCGUUUAAGGAUCUAUUUGAUAGCUUGGUCGAGCAAAAUCCAACGCUAAAAGAUAGCCAAAAACUUUACUUCUUGAAAACCAACCUCGCGGGAGAAGCGGCUUCUUUAAUUUCACAUCUCAAAAUCGAAGACGCGAAUUAUAAACCUGCUCUAGAAAAAUUGGCAUCCCGGUAUGAUAAACCCCGUGAAAUAGCGAACAAGCAUAUACAACGAUUUCUAUCGCAACCACCGCUUUCGUUUGCCUCUGCUAGUGGCUUGCGAGCACUGCAUGACGUGUCAGAUGAAGUUCUCCGAGCGCUCAAAGCCAUGGCUAGAGAGGACCGUGAUACAUGGUUGCUUUUUAUAUUGAGCGAAAAGGUGGAUCCAGAUACCAAGCAGCUAUGGUGUCAAAAGAUUUCCGAAAUGAAGGAAGAAGAGAUUACCCUAACGCGUUUUCUAAAAUUUGUUGAAGCAAGAAGUUUCGCUUUGCAAUCGUCGCAUCCUAUUAAACCUAAAGCAUUCGUACCUGUAAAACAACCCGCAAAAUUUCCCACUAGAGGAGCAACUACAUUCGUCACCACAAACCCCACAUUUUGUGAUGUCUGCUCAGCACAGUAUCAUCACCUAUUUCAGUGCGGCAAAUUCAUCCACAUGAGCUAUCACGAACGACUAGCUCAAGUAAACCGAUUAAAAUUGUGCCGAAACUGUCUCAAAACACAUCCCGGUAGCAGCUGCAAAGGUGGUACGUGUAGAAAAUGUAACUUUCCACAUCACACUUUGCUGCAUCCACCAACAACACAAAACAUGGCAGGAUCUCCAAGUAAUCAGCAACAAUCCGCUCAAUCGUUUAUUUCUGCACUAGAUUCUGCUGGCGGCCGUGGGUCAGCUAAUGUCCUCCUCGCUACCGUUGCUAUUAACGUCCUAGAUAAAAAAGGGCAUCCUCAUGCCUGUCGCGCAAUUUUGGAUAGCGCAUCGCAAGUUAACUUUAUAAGCGAUAGCCUCCGUAAGCAGCUUGGUCUCGACACCUCGCAUGCUAAUGUGGAUCUGGAAGGCAUCUCGUCAGCUACCGCUCACGCAGAUCGAUUUGCAGACAUCGUUAUCACAUCUCGCUGCACGAACUAUCAAACCUCCGUGCCCUGCCUUGUGUUGGAGAGAAUAACGAAAUUUCUCCCCUGCAAACCAGCAAUUAUUAAGGAUUGGCCUAUUCCCCACUCCAUACCCCUGGCGGAUCCACUCUUCCACCGCCCGGGUAAAGUAGAUGUACUUCUCGGCACUGAAAUAUUCUUCCAGUUGCUCGAGCCCGGCCAAAUUAUUCUCAGUCCAGACAACAGUUUACCCACACUACAGAACACCAAGCUCGGCUGGGUGAUAGCCGGCCGUUAUCACGAGCCUAAGCCAUCUGUUGACUCUCACUCUCCAACCUGUUUGCUAAUCUCCGCCGAAGAUGAUCUUUCUCAGCAACUGCAAAGGUUCUGGGAGAUAGAGGAGUACACUUCAAACGAUCACCACCUCACUGAUGAGGAACAACGUUGUGAGAAACAUUUUGCAGAGAAUACUAUUCGCGAUGAGUGCGGUAAAUUUGUAGUACGGCUCCCGUUUCUGUCAGACCCGAAUGAAUUAGGAGAAUCAAGGCAAAUUGCAGAGAGAAGAUUUUACCACAUCGAAAGAAAGUUAGACCGAAAUCCAUCUCUGAAAGCUGAGUACCAUGAAUUCAUUCGUGAUUACAUUGAUCUCGGCCACAUGUCAUUAGUGGAAGAAAGCAACUCACCCGAAAAAAGUGUAUAUCUCCCCCACCACUGUGUGAUUAAAACCACCAGUUCAACCACAAAAUGCCGAGUGGUUUUUGAUGCUUCGGCUAAAACUUCGAAUGGACUCUCUUUGAAUGACACUCUUAUGUGUGGCCCAGUAAUCCAGGACUCAUUAAUAAACAUUUUGCUACGCUUUCGUUUUCCACCUGUCGUACUUGCUGGUGAUGCGAAACAGAUGUACCGUAUGGUUUGGCUGCAUGAAAAUGAUCGCGACUUUCUCAAAAUUCUGUGGAGGUGGUCAAAGGAAGAACCAGUAAAAGAGUACCGCUUAAACACAGUAACGUUUGGCACUAAAAGUGCUUCUUAUCUGGCCACAAAAUGCGUUCAGCAGCUCUUGGAUUCGUUUAAAUUAAAAUAUCCAGAGGCAGUAGAGAAAGCCGAGAAAGGAAUCUACGUCGACGAUAUUUUAACCGGUGCUUCGUCCGAAAAGGAAGCAAUAAUGCUACGGGAACAGCUUACAGAAAUGUUUGCUGCUGGAGGAUUCCACCUGCGAAAAUGGGUAUCAAAUAGUGCUGCUGUUCUAGAGACGGUUCCAGAAGCAGAUUUGGAGAUAAAAAUUUCAAUCGACGAAGGUGGAAAUAAUUCCAUCAAAGCCCUCGGAAUGCAAUGGCAGCCGUGCAGUGAUGAGUUCCACUUCUCUUACAAUCCGAAAGAGAUCCUUCAACACACAAAACGCGCAAUCCUUUCACAAAUUGCCAGCCUAUUCGAUCCAUUAGGCCUUCUUGCUCCAAUAAUCGUGAAGGCAAAGUUAGUGAUGCAGCGAAUGUGGGAGUUGAAGGUGGCAUGGGAUGCUACUCCCCCCGGUGAGUUAGUUCAUGAUUGGUUGAUGUUGGUGCAAAGUUUCUCCCGUCUCAAUUUAUUUCAGAUACCACGACGCGUGAUUCAUUUACAGAACUGGUCUCGACUCUAUCUGCACGGCUACUGCGACGCUUCUGAUGUGGCAAUGGGAGCUUGUAUUUACGUUCGUGCCCUGGACAACGACGGUAAUAUGUCGUCACACUUAUUAUGUGCAAAAUCCAAACUUGCACCCAUUGGCAACAACCGUAUGACUACACCACGUCUAGAGUUGCGUGCAGCGGUCAGUCUAGCUCGCUUGAUGUCAAACGUGAGAGCGGCUCUCCCUACGACAACAUUUUAUGAAAUCCGCGCUUUUUCUGAUUCGCAAGUCGUUUUAGCUUGGUUGGCGGGUGGCGCUGCCAGAUGGAAAACCUUUGUUGCGAAUAGAGUCGCGGAGAUUACUGCUCAUCUUCCUGCAAUUAAUUGGCAUCAUGUGGGAACCGCUGAAAAUCCUGCUGAUCUAAUUUCACGAGGAGUAUUUCCUGAGAAACUACAACACAACACUUUAUGGUGGCAUGGUCCGGACUGGAACCUAGCAAGUACAUCGCUUGCUUCCCCCUCUCUGGAUACUAAUGAAAGACGUCAAAUUGCUCGAGAACAACGUACCAACUGCAGCAGCGUAGCAUUAGCAUGUUUCACAACGUAUGAAAAUCAGUUUAUGGACGACAUGAUGGCUCGUUACUACCCUAAUUUUCAACUACUUUUACGUAUCACUGCGAGAAUGCUACGAUUUCGGCGUCGUGAGUUCCGCGAUUCGCCCCGUCUCUGUCCUGAAGAGAUAGACUUCGCUUUAACAAUAUAUCUGCAACAUACACAGAAGAGCUAUUUCCCAGAAGAACUUGGCCAGUUACAAUCAGGCCACGGAGUAAAUCGUGGCAGUCCUUUACACCAGCUCAACCCGUUCCUGGAUGAAAACGGCCUUGUCAGGGUGGGCGGACGGCUGCAGCAAUCGGAACUAAGCUUCGAUAUCAUGCAUCCUAUUUUGCUCCCGCGAAACUCAAUGCUAACCGCUUACAUACUUUUACACUCUCACCAAGAAAAUUUGCACUGUGGUCCGCAGCAACUGUUAGCGUCCGUUCGAAGACGGUUUUGGAUACUUCGUGGUAUUAGCGCUGCACGCAAGGUGUGUCGAAAUUGUGUGGUUUGCAAUCGCACUCGGCCAGCUCGUAUCAUGCAGCAAAUGGGACAACUACCAGCGGAUCGUCUUCAACCCCUUCCACCCUUCUCAAUUACUGGCGUGGAUUAUGCUGGUCCCGUGAAUAUUCUCAGCCGAAGAACUCGUGGAGCUGUACCAUCCAAGGGUUACAUCGCUUUGUUUAUUUGCUUCGGAACGCGAGCGGUGCAUCUCGAAGCCGUCUCCGACCUGAGUGUGUCAGCUUUCCUAGCUGCCUUCACAAGGUUCACCAGUCGGUAUGGAGUACCGAAUAAAAUGUACUCCGACAAUGCAACCAAUUUUCGAGGAGCAGCAAAGCUACUUCGACAACUUUACGAACAGAUAGCUGUAAACGAGGGCAGCGGCGAGCUUCAAGAUUUCCUGACAAACAAAGGAGUCCAGUGGUUGUUCAUACCUGCUCGCUCGCCACAUCACGGUGGGCUGUGGGAGGCAGGUGUUAAAGUAGCAAAAACCUUUCUCAACAAAAUAGGUAACUAUAAUUACACGUUUGAAGAGUUAAGCACUUUUCUCGCUCAGGUAGCAGCCUGUAUGAAUUCACGGCCGAUCUCGGCAAUUUCGGACGACCCCACCGACCCACAACCCUUAACGCCCGCGCAUUUCCUGAUUGGUCGAGCCUUAGAUGCGUUGCCAGAAAUCAACCACUCAGAACAACAAAUUGGAUCGCUAUCACGGUGGAACUAUGUGCAGCGUGUCGCUCAAGACUUUCGUGCUCGGUGGCAGUCUGAAUACAUCCUAUCGCUUCAAAAAUUAGCAAAGUGGCAGAAAUCAUCCCCCAAUCUUGCCGAAGGUGACUUUGUGCUACUCGUCGGUGAAAACGAGAAACCCCAACAGUGGCCUAUGGGACGCGUGUUGCAGCUGCAUCCUGGAACUGAUGGACUUGUGCGAGUAGUUUCGGUUAAAACAUCCACUGGAGUAUUUCGUCGCGACGUCAGAAAGCUUCGUCAUUUCCCGCUAGACGUAGACGAAUUCGUAGCGGGUCGUAAUGGAGCAGAAAUUACUAACCGUAAUUUGGUGGGCGGAUUAUGUUGGCGCCGCAACGUCGAGCCACCCUACAAUCUUCGAUCGAGAGUGGUAUAA